CUCACUCACUCUGUCUCUUUUUCUCUGUUCUAUUUUACUCUAUUCCUUCUCUCUCUUUCUCUUUUUCUCUCUCCCUUGCUCUUUGCAACUCGUUCCCGUCCUACUCUUCGACCUAUUCGCUCCCCUCUUCGUCUUUCCUUGUCUGUGCGAUCGUUCUCGCGGUAUCUUCGUCUCGCCUUCGUUCACUCGGGCAGCUCGCUAGCAAACUCGCAUCGCCUCGGCUAUCCGCGGAGCCGCAGUUGCUCGCUUAUUUUCCGUCUCUUUCUCUCAUUCAUUCUCCUGUCUCUUUUCCCCUUUUGUUUUACCGUCUUUUCUAGCUCUGUUCCUCUACCUCUCAUUCCAUCUCUUUUUCUCCUCUUGCUCCGUUUGCUCUAUGUACAUAAUAUACACGAGCCUCGAGCUCCCGAUCAUAGAGCAGUGGCGCGAGUUCUCGUACAGCCAGCAAAAGUCCGGAUCUUAAUUUUCGUCUUUUCGCCGAUCGCGGUGUACACAAAGCAUCAAUCGCUCUCCUGAUCUUUCUUCCGUGUGCAGCAACAAAAGGACAACACGUGAUCCUUCGUAGGUGAGAAUGUUGUAGCUGCAGUCCGCAUCCCCGCCGAGUAAAGUGCCAAGUCUUUCUUAUAGUGCGAAUUCCAGAUUGAAAAGCAGCUGUCAAACAAAAAACGAGAAGGAUAACGCAACGAAGGAUAAACGCACCAAGUGAUUUCAAGAAAAUCGAGAAUAAUAUCACGAGAUGAAGAGGAGGAGCGACGACGAUGGCAAAUCUGUGACCAAGUAUCGGCACCGCCAAUACGUCUUGAUCGGAUAUGUCGGGGCCACGGAAUCAGCGUCGCAGUCCACCAGAGAGGCAAUCGUCAAGCAGGAGGAAGGGGUCAAAGCAGUGGCGACGACGGCGAUAAAGAGCGAGGACGUCAUCGAGCACGAAGUCGGCCAGGAGCAGCAACAGCAGCAACAGCUGGCGUUUGCGACCGGGGAGACUGAAGAGGAGGACAGCGGUGUGGGCGUGCUGGAGGCGGGACAACCGGAAAUGGAAAAUGGCGCCAUGGUUGAGCCAACCGGUGCCGAAGCAGUCGCUAUUGCGGUCGCCGCCGUCGCCGCUGCUACCGACGAUCAUGCCAACGAGGAUCCCAACACCACUUAUACCCUUCAUGAGCUUGACUAUCAUCCCACACACAUAAUCCAUGAGAGUUUCGGGAGCGGUGAUAUGAGGGAGGAGGAGCAGCAGGAGCAGCAGCAACAGCAGCAGCAGCAGCAGCAGCAAUCGCAGCAGCAGCAGCAGCAGCAGCAACAACAACAAAUUUCACAGUCUCCCCACCAAUCGCACCACCAACAACAGCAUGACGCACACCACCACUAUCAUCAACAGCAGCCGCCGCAACACCAACAGGCACAACAGUAUGUUCAACUUGGGGCGAGAGAGGUCCCGAUUCCCGAGGGAGGGGAUAACCGGCAUCCGACGGAGGCCUCCAUCGCGCCGGAGGGACGCCGCACCGACAGUCACAUGCCUCACUCCACGAUGCAUCGUUACGGCACCGAGACACUCUCACCAACCACGACGGAUCAGCAUCAUCAUCAGCAACAGCAGCAUCAUCACCAUUUAUCCGAGGUACAUCAGCAUACCGCUCUAUCAUCCGUUGCCCACCGUCAUCUCGAGGAUCCGCAGCAACAUCAUCAAGAAACUGACGAGGACGUGGAUCGAGGGGUGAGCAGCAUCACCGCAGCCAUGAGAGGUGCACGGGGUGAUUAUUUAGGUGUACUCUUCCCGAAUCUCACUUCGUCGAGCACUACGUCUAGCAACAGUGGCAGCAAUCAUCAUCAUCAUCAUACAUCACAUCACUUGGAAGAUGUAUUGUCCGAGGAGCCUUAUCUGCAACAUCAGAUCCGCGCCGGUGGAGCUGCCCCGACCGGUGGCGGUUCUCCAUCGGUGAGGACCGUCGGUGGCUCUCCGACUUCCAGCCAUAGUCCACACGACGAUCAGGGUCUGUCAUCGCCGCAUCGCCAAGCCCAGGAGACCGGUUACAGUCCCACUGAUCAGGGCAGAUUGCAAUCUUUUACGCAUCUUACGGCUAUGCAACCACCGUCGGUGCAGAACAAUCACGGAUUGCAGGAAGCCGAGCGCGUGUCCGAUCAGCUAUAUAUUGACUCGAUCUACACACAUCACGCCUCCGGUACUCCCCAUCAUCAUCAGGAUCAACACGAUCAAGGCCCCUCCGCGCCGCAUUCGCCCAGCGGCCCGCUCUCCAGUUCGUCAUUGUAUCGGCCAAUGAGUAGCGUGAGCGCGAUGAGUUCCGCAACUGGAACCGGAGGAACUUAUCCUUCCCUUCCUUACAUGGGUAGUCCUACGGAAUUGACGUCGUCGCCUCAACUUUGGAACGCCCAAGUUACAGGUCUGAACACUGGACUUUCCAUUUCUGAGGAUUAUGGCAGCAAAUCUUCGGGCACAGUAUCUCAUCAAUCUUUACCGGCGUUUUCGCAACCUUUCGGAGCUCGAUCAAGUUUCCGCGGGUACAGUCCGCCGUAUUCGUCCUCUCAGCAGAAUACCACCGGCACCGCCGCUGUCUCCGCCGUAGAAGCUACUUCUUGGACGUAUGCAUCACCUACAACCGAUGCAUUAACGACACAAUAUGGUACACCGUCGAGACGACAGACUGUUAAUCCGGCGACGGCACCGACGCAAAUUAGCGCCGCCGCAAGUUUAACUGCAAUGCACAGCAUCGAAGCAGAGUACUUUACGGAGGGCCGCGAGUGCGUGAAUUGCGGCGCGAUUUCCACACCGUUAUGGCGUAGAGAUGGUACCGGGCAUUACCUCUGCAACGCAUGCGGUCUCUACCAUAAGAUGAACGGAAUGAAUCGUCCAUUAGUUAAACAGCCACGUCGCCUGUCUGCCACGAGACGCGUCGGUCUCUCUUGCAGCAACUGCGAAACCACGAUGACGUCUCUGUGGCGUCGUAACGCACACGGUGAACCGGUGUGCAACGCCUGCGGUCUUUAUUUCAAGCUGCACGGCGUCAACAGGCCAUCGACUAUGAAGAAAGACAGCAUUCAAACGCGCAAGCGGAAGCCUAAGGGUGGAAUGAAAAGCAGUGAUACGCCCCUCUCGGGCAAUGUUGCGCAAUGCACGAACAACAAUAACAACAACAACAAUACCGUUAAGCUUGAACCAGACACCUAUAGCGAUCUGAGGAUGGCUCAUACUGGCGUGUCGCAAGUGACAUAUCCAAGCAGUCUCUACAGUAGUUCUCAAUCUUCGAGCAGGAUGAUACCCUAUCAGCCCGUGUAUUAUGAUCUGAUCACUUCGCAGCAACAGCAACAGCAACACCAACUGUUGGAGACCCAUUCGCCGAAGACCGAAUGUCCAUCUCCACCUUGCGCCACGCGCUCACCUGGAAUGGUCUCGGUUGGUCAGUCGCCUGAUCAUCAUCACCUCACUUCGCCACAUAUCGUCACUCUAGGCAGUCCGUCGACCAGUCCAGCCGGAUCUAAAAUUAUGCUGGACAAUGGUCAUCUCGAGAGAUCUACGGUUGUGUCGAUAUCAUCCUAAACGCAGUCCGGAAAGCCGGAAAGAUGACCAAUUGUUAAGGCAGGCAAUAAAUAAAAAAUAACUUAGUAACCAAGUAAGUGCCUGUCAAGUAAAAGACCUGGGUUUGAUUCCCGCUUUUUACUUUUUAACCAACGAGAGAGACGAACAAUCUCGCUGAUCUUACUUUCCUGUGCGCAUAUUGUGAUACGCAAAAUUGAAAGUUAUAUAUCUUUUAUAACAAAAGUGUGAAAAUAUGAAAGCAGCGCUGUUGUUGUAAAUAAGAAUUUUAGGAUAUU